AUGUUAUGCUGUGCUAAGUUUACACUUAUUUUACGUAGACAUCAUUGCAGAUGUUGCGGUCGUGUUCUUUGCGCUUAUUGCACUUCACAUAAGGUACUUAUUAAAUUGUUAUGUUCAUUUAUUUGUCCACAAUGA